AUGCUUGGAGCCUUGCUCCUUCUAUUCAUCGGACCCUUCAUCCAUGCCUCUGCCCAGAAUGUUGAUCCUGUCUACAACUACUGCAAGCGGUUCGCCCAUCAGUCAACUGUAAAGAACGGCUUCUUGUGGAUCGACGGCGGCACUCAAGUUUAUAUUCAUUCCAACGACUAUGGUUCUACCACAGGCCAGCCUGUCAUUGGCCCAAAUACUGCCAUCAUAGGCAUUUCUAUGACACGCGAUUGGAACUGGACAGCGGACAUUGAAGAGCAUGAGUACUACAAAUACAAUGGCCGCACGUCGUUGGGAAACAAAAUUCCAAUGGUCGCUCGCGCCGGUCUGGUGGGCGGUGGUGCUGGCGACAACAACAUCUACCUUUUCGGAGGCACGACCCUCUCGGUCAACUCUUCUUUCACCCCGAAUCCGCUUCCCGACUCGGAAUCCUACUUCAUGUGGGCGUUCGAUACCGGCCUCCACACCUGGACGGAGUAUUUAGGGGACAGGCUGGGCGCAACGGCCCUGAGCAAACCGAAUUCGGGAGCCUCCGCCGAAGCUCCGGACCAAGCGAUGGCAUUCUACAUUGGCGGCCAAAUCGACGCCGGUAGCUCCCUGGCGACGCAAGGCCUUGGUCAGAGCUUCAUGAUCUCCGGCAUGAUGGUGAUAUCCACCAGCAAUCAGUCGGGAAUCAAUGUAUCGACGGCCGGGGUGUCCAGAUUUCCUCGAACCCGAGGGGAAGCGGUGUACCUUAGCAAUGUCGGCAAAUAUGGCGGAUUAGUCCUUUUAGGUGGCAUUCAGCAGAGCCUACGAGAUACUUCGUUUGAUGGCAAGGUAGAUUUGGUCAGUCUGGGCACAGUCGACAUCUUCGACAUCGGGUCACUACAACUACAACUACAUAACAACACCAACCAGUCACUGUCACAGUCACAGCAGCCACAGUCACCAAUUUGGUACCAGCAAAAUGCGACAGGCGACGUUCCCGCGGCCCGUAUGAACUUCUGCGCCAUCUACGUCGCCGCGCCCGACAACUCCAGUCACCAGAUCUACAUCUACGGCGGCCGCGACCACACACAAUUCUUCGACGACGUCUAUGUGCUGACCAUGCCCGCGUUCGUCUGGGUGAGGCUGUACCAGAACGACAGCGUCCGAGCAUUCCACCGGUGCCAUCUGGUCGGGGUGGGCAACGGCCAGUCCCAGAUGCUCAGCGUGGGCGGGACCAACGACACCGAUUUCGAGAAGGGUUGCGACUGGGAAGACAAGGGCGUCGCAAUCUACAACCUCAACACGGGCGAAUGGGGCCCAGCGUACGAAGCCCAUGCUCCAGCAUACGUGGUACCGGACCGAAUCCUGAACAUCACUGGUGGCACGUAA